AUGAAGCAGCAUAAACAAAUUAAAAAAUCCAAAUAUUCUAGGCUAGGAUGCUUCAACUGUAAACGACGGAGAUUGAAAUGUGGUGAAGAGCUAGAUUCUUGCUUCAAUUGUUUAGAUAAAGGAAUACGAUGUAGCUAUUUGGACCUUACCCCGGAGCAAAAGCAGAAAGUCAUUGACGCAAAUAUAAAAAACAACCCCAAUUACUUGCUUGAUCCUGGGAAUAUCGGUAAUCAACAGGGAAAGAUCCCGGGAAGACGACCCAUGGUUGAGUCGUCACCACACUUCAAGAAUAUGAAGCAAGAGCUUGAUAAAUUCCAGUUUAGCAUGGGGGUAUCGCGGUUCAGCAUUAUUCCUAAAGUUUACGGCCCGAACCAUACCACUGGUAAUAAUAGUGAUGACAGCGGCAACAAUAUCAGUGGCAAACAUGCAAACAGGAACAGCUAUGGAAAAAGUAAUCAAUAUUCUAUUAACAGUAUUGAUAACUAUGACGACAAUGAUAAAAACACAAAGUCAAAAAAUGGCCAUGGACAGAUGAAUAUGCACUUUGCAAGAUUUAAUUUGAAUCCGUCGAAUCAUGGAUUUCCUUUGCCAAAUCACGAAAAUAGCGCCACGACUUUUAAACUUCGUCAAUUAAGUAUCAGGAAAUAUCCUCGAACUUUCUCACUGGGAGUCAAGUUUAGUGUAUGUGGAGAAUACGAGGAAGCUCUUGCCUAUGCAAGGGAGUUAAUGAGCGGGUGGUUUACUGACUUUUCAUACUGCUCGUGGGAAUCUUUGGCAGUAUACAAUGGUGCCAUUUCUAGAGCGAUGGCGUUGAUAUUGGUAAACAUGGAAAAAGAUUGUUACAAAAGCUCGAUGGCGGAUCGAAGUCCUACCAUCAUUGGCAACCUUCAAAAAUGGCGCAGCCACUACAAAUUGAAAGGAUUAAGGCAUGCCCAGAAUGUGAUAGAAUCUUUGAACCAACCUCAAUUGGCAUCUAGUAUUGAGUAUCUCAGAUACUUCAGAUAUUUGUUACAUUACUCAUUGAUCAACAUUGGGUUGACUUUACAAUCGAAAGCAGAAUAUUCAUCUCUUGCAGCAUUCAUUAACGGAUUCAUUUCUAGCUCUUUAUCAUCUGAGGUAGUUGACAAGGUGUCAAAGGAUAUACAAUAUCAAUAUUGUUGUGAUGCUGAGAUUCAGGAAGAGCAGAAGUAUACCGAAUUCAUGUUUUCUUCCGUCAGAGAUUUUUACUCAAAAAUCAUAACUAAGGUUUUCGUUCCAUCGUAUCGAACGGACAGCUUCAAAGAGUUUUUCCAAGAACUAUUAAAUUUUGAAAGUUUUUUAAGUUAUCAGAAUUUGAACCCUUAUUCCGUGGCGCGGUUCCAACUAAACGAUUUGAUAAAGUUUAUUAGUAAUCAAGUUCUCGGUGAUCAAAAAUUGCUUGAUAGCUUCAAUCCGAAUUUUGUCACCGAACAUAAUGUUGUGCUUGAAUCGAGGUUUACUAAUGGAUUUUUUGAUUUUUUCCCAUCUGAAAUCGUCUAUUUCCAACAGGUUCACAAAUCAAUUAACACCAUCGAUAAGAUCAUGUAUCUCCACUGGUCUGCCACAGCGUAUUUUUUGGAUAAUAUUUUUCCUGAGGCCGAGUAUUUUUUCAGUGCCAAGUUUUCAGGAAGCAUUCAUUGGGCGGGAUUCAAUAUGGAUUUGAUCAAUGAUAUUUUGAAAGAUCUACAAAACCUUUAUGCUAAUUCGCAGAUUACCAGAGAAGUUUAUGAAUUCUUGUAUCGGAGAACAAUUUAUUUAACAAGAAUGAUCUCAUUCUUGGCAACUCGUCAUAGAGAUUACGUUUGCAAUUUGGAGUUAAUUCAUCCAUUUCUGAAGACUCCUUCAGUUUUCAAGGAGCGGUUCAGGUUUGCUUCUAGAAAACCUAAAUUUGUCAAAGAAUUACAAUUGACGAGCUUUAAAACUGGGGCGAUAAUAAAAGAAAAUUAUCCGGCCAACGAUCCUUCACUUAUUGAACAAUUGAACACCGCGGACUCAAUCAGUAUGGCGCAACUCAAUCAUCCUGCAAACAUUCGUUAUAAUGAUUCUAAAACCACUGUCAAUAAGAAUGUUGACCAGAGAUAUUUUGAAGUGACUUCAUUUCUUGAUAAUUCUACAAAUCCGUUUAAUGUUUUUGAGUCUCCACUCGAGCUCAUGGAACUUUCUGAUUCUGGGUUACUAAAGAAUAUUGAUUACCAGCCGGUAAUGAACCCUAAAUUCAACCAGGCAAAUUUCUUCAAUUUUCUUGACCUAAAAAUGGUACUUCAGAGCUAUUCCGAGGACAAGGAUAUGAUUCUUCUGCAUCUGAAGACCCUCUGUUGA